GUGUUUUUUGGGAAGUCUGCGAGUUUUGGUAAUUUGUAGACUAGCCUAAGUCUGAAGGUGAAAUAGAUAAGAGAACAAAGGACAGACAGCAGUGGUCAGUUCUGGCAUUUAUGAAAAGUCCUGAUAUCUGUAGACUCUACUGUGGUUAAUAGAAGAAAGUAUUUACAAUAGAAGACAGGAAGGAGAGCAGAAAGAAGCCGUGCCCUUAAUGAACAGUCCUGACUAGAAGUCCUCACAUAACCACCUAAAGUGUAGGGGCGGCCCUGCACCUCAGUGAAAAGCCAAGAAUGUCCCUGUUUCCUUUUACCCGUCCUGCUGCAAUGGAAGUGCUGCUGUUAGCUCUUACAACAAUCCUGGCUGUCACCUCAGGUCAGAAAUGUGAUGACGCUUACUACAAACGUUUGGGGCCUGGUUAUUCCUAUGAUUAUAUUGGGACACCUCCAACAGAACAAUUCUUCUCAACACGAAACCUACUCGACUGCACCGCGCUCGCUCAGAGGAGCCAAUCGCAAUAUUUCACUUACAACAAAGUCAGCCAUGCUUGUAAGAAUUACUCACCGAAAAAUAUAAUGACAGUCGUCAGCACGAAUAACGAGAACGAGAUUUCCUUCUAUAGAAACAGCCAGUGGAUUAAAACAUAUGCCAUAUCAAUGGGAGCUGGUUCGAAAGUCUAUAAUUCAUUUAUGAAUAUAGAAAGUCCUUCAACCUGGAAUGUGUACGAAUGCAAUGGUACCUUCUGUCCCAACUUCUUCAGACAUCCUAUUCUUGAUUUCUGGACCCAUCUUCCAAUCGAUGAGGUGAAACUGGUGAUUUAUAAAAACCAAACGGCUAUGGUAUCUAUGAUUUUUGAUGGACGAAAUUCAACCCUUAAAAGCUGGUUUUCUUAUGCAACCUUGAAAAGUUCUCCAUGGAAUGACCUAUCUUCAGCCAACCCAGAGUUUUUCACGAUGGAAGGAAUGGA